AUGGAUUCUUGCUCUGAUGAUGUCUGCCACGGCGGUACAGGCGAGAGCUUGGCACAGUAUCAUCGGGGUUUCAGGACUGUAAGCCUAGGACUUGUUGGUACAAUUCAACAGUCUUCCUUGCGCGACAAUCCUCCUUCGAUCUUCGGUGAGACUACAUCACGAAUUCCUCCCAAUUAA